AUGUCCAACGUCACUGUGAAAAGCCCGGAAGGACGUAUUGAAAGUAUCGGUGAUAACGGUUCCAUCCAAUACGAAGAGAAGGACCGGAAGGAGCGACGUAGGCGCCAAAACCGACUGAAUCAACAAACAUGGCGCGAACGGCAGCGGAUAAAGAAAGAGGCUGCUCUUCUAGCAGAGAAGCGCGCCUUGCAGGAGCACGAAGAUCAAGUGGUAGCGGGUCUGACCCUGGCGCCAAUUAACCCGAUGCAGACGCAGCAGCCUCUUCCACCGGCCGACCUCACAAGAUUAAUAUCCAUGCUUUCGACUGAGGAGGCUUUAAGACUCCGCGGACUAAUAGAGUCAAAUCGUUCUUGUUGUGUGCUACCCCAUCCUCAUAUCUAUCGCCUGUUAGCUGUCUUCGAGGCAGCGGCCUAUCAGAGCUAUGCCGGCAACCCCCAGGCCGAUCACCUUCUCACAUUGGGCAAGUUGAAUGUAUUUCGUGCCUUUGUACGUAACAUCGCGGUGCUGGUAUACAGUCGGGAAUGGAUGACGGACGAUGCUAUCUCGCGCUUUAGUAUUAGUGGGCCCUCUCCCUCGCAGGUCCUGCCGGAGCAGAAUCUGCCCUUCAGUCUGCGCCCGACACAACUACAACACAGCCAGCCUCAUCAUCCUUGGUUAGACUUCUUUCCCUUCGCGCGACUAAGGGAUAAUCUCAUUCAGAAUGAGAAUGACAUGGAUGAUUCUCAAUUCUGUCGCGAUCUUAUGGGCUUCUGGACGAUGCCCCAGGAGGAUACGUGCGUGUUUGUCUGGGGCGAUCCAUGGAAUCCGAUGAACUGGGAAAUCACCGAAGCAUUUCUGCGCAAGUGGGGGUGGCUCUUAGAGGGAUGUCCCGAGAUCUUCUGGUCCACCAACUAUUGGCGGCAGCUACGGGGAGAGAAGCGCCUGAACAGGAGGGCCACCCUUGAUGUACCCACAAUAGGAGUGGUGUAA